AUGGCUAAUACAGACAAGACAGAAGAAGAGGGGCCAACGUUUAGCCCUCAGAAUUUUCCUGAUUCUCCAUUAGACUGGCAGAAAUGCGUCUACCGAGGCGAAGGAAAUGCCAACCUGGUUGUUGCAUUACCCUUGGAACGCAAGGUGAUCCGAUUCAGAAAAUUUCCAAAAUGUAUGGGUGAGUCCAAACAGUUAACUACGGUAAACAAACAAAAGGAAGUACAGGAAAAAAGUUUCGCUCACCGUGAGGCUAACUUUAUUAGGAAAGUUAUUUCUGGCUUUCUCGGGCGUUACGUCUACGUGCCUGAGAUUGUGCAUUGUGACGACCUUGGACUUGUUAGAUUGGCCGAUACGAUACGCUCAAAUCGCCCUGUAUUUGUUCUUCAGCUAUCGUCUUCUAGACAUUAA